UUUAGGGCGUGGUCUACAAUAAAUAAAGAACUCCUAUUAAAAAUGCUAAAUCCUCGAAUGCAGAGAAGGAGCAAAAGCUUUUAAAAUGUGAUGUUUAUGGUGAUUUAUUUUGCUGGUCAAAAUUCUGUCGGACAUAUUAACUGGCGAACAUCCAUCAUAAGAAUGCACAUGACGCCUGAAAGGACCGUUAGCGAUGGAGGAGACAUACUCGACUGUAUACAACGAGGAAACGUAGAGGAGUGUAUUGAGUUCAUUCAAAAUGAUAGAUCCGUCAUUAAACAGCAAGGCUGGGCUGGUUUCACCGCUCUUCACUAUGCUGCCAUUCAUGGUAACCGUGCCCUCGUGGAGUUAUUCCUGAGCAGCGGAGCAGAUCCAAACGUCAUGAGUGAUGCCGGACAAACUGCCUUUCAUUUUGCCUGCAGGCAAGGAAACAUCUACAUUAUGCAUAAAAUGAUGCAGUAUGGAGCUGACUUGCGCCUCAGAGACUAUCAAGGAAAAACCCCCCUGCAUCAUGCAGUUACUGGAGGAAACAUUGUUGCGAUGCACUAUUUGUGGGAGACGGGAAUGCUCCGCUUCUCAGACACAGACAUGUUCCGGGUCACUCCUCUUCACUUGGCUGCAUCCACUGGAAACAUAGAAGUAGUUUGUUAUUUGCUCAAAGACCAGAGGUGUGCUGUGGAUGCAGUUGACCAGCAGGGAGCGACAGCGUUUCACAUUGCAGCAGAGAGAGGUGGAGUAGAGAUAUGCUGGACACUGCUGCAGAGGGCUGGGUGCAGGAUGCUUCAUCAGAGGAACUACAGCGGCCUCUCACCACUGGAUCUUAGUAAACAAGGGAAAACCUUCAGACAUCAGCAACUCACCAAACUACUGAGUCGGUACAUCAGAGAGCCAAUACACCACAAGCCCGGGGAUUCAAAUGCUCUAUACUACUGGACACUGUUUUUUCCAUCUCUGGGCGGAGCUGCCAUACUGCUGAUAGCAGCCAUGUUGGGAGGCUACGGGGGCCUCAUAUGUUUGUUCCUCUUCCCAUGGCUGGCCAGUAGUAUUUUUUCACAGUAUCACCGCAUGGCCACAUAUCAAAGGUCACCCAACCCGAUAUAUUUAGGGACCCUUGUUGCAGGUAUCCUGCAUUCCCUGCUGUGCUUCUAUGGAAAAAUGAUACCUAGUGCGUGGCCAUACAGUACACUGGCUCAGGUGUCUGUGUUCCACUUCUCCGUGCUCCUUGGUAUGUUCUUGAGGAUUCUGAAUCAGGACCCCGGGGUUCUGGACAAAGCAGAUUCAGAUCCUCGGUUCUCCUGCAUUGCUGACCUUGUGGAGAGCAACCAGAGUCUUCAAAAAUUCUGUCCGUACUGUGAGCUGUUCCAGCCUGACUUCACCAAACACUGCAAGCUUUGUCAAGUUUGCGUCAAAGAUUACGACCAUCACUGCCUUUUCCUGAACCGUUGCAUUGGCCGAGACAAUCACCGGCUUUUCAUCUUCUUCAUCCUCGCCAUGGUGACUUCCCAUCUUCUGUUUGUUGCCAUGGCGAUGUGUUACCUGUACAGCAAGAUGUCUGAAGACGGUCGCAGUCUGUCACAAUGCCUAACUCUGCUGGGUGAAGAGUUCUGGGUCGUGGUCAUGAUGGUUUUGAAUGGAAUGACUCUUUUUUGGGAUGCUUGGAUUUUGAUUGAACAGUUUGAUGCUGUUGCCUCAACGACCACCAUCUACUUCAGACACACCGAAAUCUCUGAACGACAGAGGUCACAAAGCCAGCGUUGGGCCAUAGUUCUCACGUUUCUGCUUGAAGGGCGAAAAUGGUUGGGCAGCAAGACAAGCGAUGAGGACAAAUUAGCCAUAGAAAUUUAAAACUGUUGUACUAUUCCUCCGCUGACUGUGUUUUUAUCAUUGACUUUAUAUGAGAGCUAGACUGAGUGUGACAUCAUCGGUAGAAAAUGGCUUUUUUCUAGCUCCAACAUAAAGAAGUCUCGAUAUGGACGCCGCAAUGCUGGAGCCAGAUUACGUUAGGAAGCAGUGAUUGGUCCAAAUCAGUUUGAGUGAUUAUUUCUUUGGCAGCCAUUCUCAAUCAGGAGUGAGCUUGCUGGAAAGCCACUCCCCUACCACUUGAAAGCGGGCUCUGGAGAAUCUUUCAAACUUUUUGAACGUUGGACGGCCAGCGGUAUACUUUUAUUGAGUCAUUUGAUUGGUCAGUUAUAUCUUGAAUAACUUGUAGUACACAAUUAAUAUCAUGUAAAAAGUAGGAUUGGCAAAAAAGAUAGAAGAGCAAGAAUUGUUAUCCUGACAAACAGAAUUACUGAGUAAUAGCUAUUUCUUUCUCUAUUGAAAUCUAUGGGAUUUUGGCUUUUUGGAGCCAGCGGGUACUUAGCCCAGUUCUCAUUUACAGUCAAUGAUUUUUUUAGGUCCAUUUUUAAAGUUGUGGUUUAAUUAUGUGGUGCGGCCACAGUAGGGCGGUCGACCUAUGAUCGGAAGAUUGCAUGUUUGAUCCUUGCUUUGCCUGCCCAUGUGACAAAAUGUUCUUGGGCAAGACGCUGAACCUCACCUUGCCUCUGAUGGUAGGAUGGUGCCGGUGUUCGGCAGCGGAGCCUCCAUCAGUGUGUAAAUGUGUGUGUAAAUUGGACUGUGACUGUAACGCGCUUUGGGCCUUCGAGAAAGGUAGAAAAGCGCUAUACAAGUUUACGCCAUUUUAAUUUUAUUUUAAGGUUUUGUGGAAUUGCCAACUUCUUAGUUUGUCCUCACUGUGACCUUUCAAAGAACUGUCAGUUAUUUGACUCCUAAAAGAGCCCAAUUAAAAAAACGACACUAUAUAUUGAACAGUUACUGCUUCAAAAUAAACGUUGCUAUUGUAACUCGUACCAACAUACAAGCAUUUGAUAAUUUUAAGUACUUUAAAAACAUUUUUCCCAACAUAUAGGACCUAGCUCCAAAUCAUUUGUGCCAGGACACAUUCUCUGCUCUGACUAAUGGGGUGUUCUUUUUUCAUAUCUUCAAUUACACACUCUCAUUUCCUAUGUGUCACUCAGAUCCUUAUUAUGGAUGAAGUCCCCCACACCCCUCUGAGGCUGAACUAUCUGAGCUGUGUGGCUUCAUGGUGAAGCAGUAGAGUCUACUGUUCUGCCUCUUGCAUACUAAGUAGUUAACCUGCGCACAUAUAUGACUGUUAAAUGUAAGCCUGUGUUAUCCUGCCUGACUGUAGUCCACACAUUUCAUUUGUGAAUUUUGUUUUUUUAAGAUUAUUUUGCACUCAUGAUGUUUUCUGUGCUGUGAAACCUACACAAUUAAAAUUUUAAAAAGCUU